CUUGCUACCACAAAUGGGAAAUGUAAAACAGUGGAAAAAGGAAUAAUGCAUUUUAUAUUUAGCAUCAUAUGCAUAGAACUUGUUCUAUAAGUAAACUAAUAGAUGUGAUUUUGCUUCUAAUUCCAGAACAGGAUUUUUAAAGGAUUUUUAUUUUGAAGUAACUUGCAUGAAACUGAAGAAGCAAUGCAAUGAACAUUUUCAGCUUCAGUGGAAUUGUAAAAAUAUACGAAUAUUACUGUGCCAUAUUGCCUAUGACAUUGGUAUAGCCACUUUCAGAAGAUUUGAAUUACUAAAGCUGUGUAUCUACGUAGGCAGUUUGUUCAGAAAAACCUAGUGCUUAAAUUUGGCCACAUUUAAAAUGCAGAAUUUGGACAUCUGGCUUGAAAGCUAAAUUAGCUACUGUCCUCAAAGGAGGAUACAAUGUUUUUCAAUCAGUCUAACUAUACUAAUGGUACUUUAGUAUCAAUGUAUACUACUUAUAUUUGACUUUGAAGGAAAGAAAAAUAAUUAAAUUAUCUUAAAAAAAAAAAAAAGUUUUGGCAUAAAAUACAUUAAAAUGAGCAGUAAGUCUAAACAGACUUUUCUCUCUAACAAUUAGCUUAAAUUCUUUUACCUUAGAAAGCAACAAGACAACUUUGUAGAGUUUUUUUUUUUUUUUUUUUUUUUUUUUAAAGACCACUUAUAGGAAAACAUACACUAAUUGAAUCUCUUGCUUGCCCACAUGCUUCAUCAGUCAACCAAAAUGUCUGAAUUCUGUUAGGGGGCCCAUAAUAGUCCAACAGCAACAAUGCUUGUUUCAAAUCUACAAAAGACCUUGCUAUGUUUUACUAUCUAAAUACACUGCAUAUACCCCCGUGGUUUUCUUUCUGAAUAAAUCAAAUGAUAGACUAGAGGGGAAAAAUAAAAGGGUGGCUGAAGUAAACCUGCCUGCUCUUUUUUUUUUUUUUUUUUUCAUUAUUAUUAUUAAAAUUAAAUCUGAAGUGUAAGCCCAAACUGUAAAUCAAGUUUUUUUUUCCCUUCCAGUCAUUACCUUUAGAGGAACUUCUGGUUGAUUUAGAAGGUAACUUGUAUAGAUGCUAACAAAUUACUCUUGGACACCUCUAAAGAGGGAAAGAAGAACUGUGAGUAAAUGUUGUCACCUUGCCAUCACAGAGGUUUGGAAAUGUUUGAACCAAUGGCACUGCCCAAUCUGUUUUAUGCCUGUUCUGACUCAGACACCAAGUUGUAGUAGCCUGCUCAGACUUCACUCCAGCACUGGCGGGGAAUGUGUUCGCUGUUGCGGUGAUCAUGGUAUAAAGUAAAGAUGUCAGACAGAACUGGAACAGGAAGUCCCAGGGGGAAGAUGAUAAUAUUUAUAAUGAAGGCAAUGGAGAAAUACAUACAAGGUGAAUAACUGGGAUCAAAACACCAUUUUGCUAAAACUAGCCACACAAGAUGUUCAGACUGGAUAAAUGAUUAGUGAACAAAAUAAUGUGGAUAGCCAAGUAGUAUUAACUGUUGUAGAGAAGAAAUGGGUCUAAGCUAAAUAGGUGUAUGAAAUUUGGUGAGAUGGGAUUCAAGUUAGAAAAUCUGUUAAUCUGUUAUUUAGGCAACAGAACUGAAUCAUUCCUGCUUUCUUUAUCACUGCUGUGUGCCAGCGGCCUGCCGCCAGAAGUGCUCUUGUGCUCUGACUAAUGAAGACGUGGCACUGGACAUGCAUUUACAAAGGGGGAACGGAGGAGAGCUAAGCUGGGUAUACACCUGUGCUUAUCUGAAGGUAAGUAAAUGAAACCCAAGCUGAUCAGAGACCUGUUGACCUCAACAGUGAGUACCAUCAGAGUGCAAGCAGAAAAUGUCUUGCUUGUGAUUAAAUACAGGUGAAUUUUCAGAUAGCUAUGUGACUCCUGUCUUAAAAAGAAACUAAACCAGCUCUUGGCUUUAAACAUACUGAUUGUGUAUGCACACAGCAUAAAUGUGCAUUAACUAAUUGAUUAUAUAUUGACUGUAGGAGGAAUCAAUACCAAAGAUUCUCAUAUGCAAGUAAACAUCACUAAGGUGAACUGUUACCAAUUGAUGUUUCAAUAUCUCUUUUGUUUACAUUUAUUUAGUCAGUGCCAGAAAUAAAAUUCCAAGCCAUGUUUCUGGCUGCAGAGCCUGGUGUCUCUGGCAAAAGAAACUAAAUACUGAUAGGAAAUAUCAGAAGUCGCGUUGAAGAAGAUUAAGAAAUCUUCCUCAACAGAAGCAAGUUGAGUGAAUGAUUCUCUGCUGUCCGUGUUCCCAUCCGGGGGAGAGAAAGAAAUCCACCCCCCCUUCCCCCCCCCCAAAUAUUUUAAGUUUUGUUGAAUAUAAGCCAUUAGAGGUAUUUUUACCUUAAAUAUCUUAAGGUAAACUUAAAUAUCUUCAGGUGGUAGCUGUAAAAUAGCUACUUAGUAAGUGGACAAUGUUUUGGAAAGAAAUUAGGGUAUUUCCAUGCACAGUUUAAACUAUUCCUUAAACCAUCUUAAAAUUACAAGUCUUUAUCACCCUAAUGAAAUCCAGGACUGCAGUUUCCCUUUAUAAUUAAAUGAAAGGGCUAAUUCUCCUUGUGUCUGAUGAUGAAAUGUUUCUGUUUUUCUUUUUCUUCUUUUUUAAUGACAUAAAUAUAGUUCCCUCCUUCAAAAAUGGAGAGGUAGCUUGUUUGUAAGUUUCUUUAGAAUUGAUUUUAAAGGCAGGUGGAUUGGGAAAUGAGGCUACUUUGUUUUGUAAACCUUCUGUAAUUUCCAUUAGAUGUUUUACCUUGGCUCUGCAGAAGACUACGGGUAUUUGAUUUGGAACCCCUAAUUAUAUAGUAAAAUAUCAUAUCAUUCAAAAAACUAACAAAACCCACCAACAAUAAAAAGCAGCUUGGUUUAAACAGCUGUAGCAGCAGCUUAUUGUGUCUUCUACACAAAGUGAUGAGGAAAUCAUGAAAUUGCUGUGGUUUGUAAGUGUAAAUUCUGAGCUACGUAUGAUGCAGAUAUCUAAUGAGAAGGAUUAAACCUACCUAUAGGCAUUAUUCCAAAGCAGGGAAAUCCUCAUUUUAUAGACUGGUAAUCGAGAUGCAGACGAUUGUGACAUGACCGUGGCUAUGUAUAUAGACUCCGCUAUGCCAGAAAUUAUUCCUAGAACAGAUAUGACAACCAACGGCGUUUUUUUUAAUGUUUGUUUUUUCAAACAAAGUAAUAUAUUAUACUUUGCCCGAAUUUUACACCAAAUUUUGGAAUUAAGGGUGUUUUGGUAUUGAAAAAUUAAGCAAGCUGCUGAUCUUUUGUUCUUACGCAAUUUUUUUCAACGUUUUUUAUUUCAACCCUAUAGAGUAAUAUACAAGCUGGAUAAGUCAACUUCUGGGUGUCAAGCUGCCAAUAAGCUACCAGCUUGUCAAGCCGUCAAUAAGCCAACACUUACUGCAGUGAUGACAUUAAUACUGAUAGAACUUUGGUUACUCUAUCACUAAUGAUGUUAAGAUGCCCACAGUUUUGUCUGCAUGGAAGAGCAUUGUUAGGCCUUUGUUUUGGUUUUCAGUAUUGAAAUCCAAGAAAGAUGUAAAGCCUUCUACUCAGGAAAAACAAACAGUCAUCAUUAGGGCUAAGAUAAAGAUUUAUCUUACCAAAAAUUAGUUUUAAAAUGUCUCUUUAGAGAUGCAUUUUAUGUGAUACUAACCAAAAAUCACCUAAAUAGUAGAGAUAAGAGUGUAGUGAAUGUACAAGCAAAAAAUAUUGAGCAGCUCUGAGAUGAAGGAUACUACAAAAUAAAGCCAAGGUAAAUUAGCGUAGUCCUUCUUGCACUCUUUGUCUUAGUUAGUAGUAUGACAGGAGCAUAUUGACUGUUGAUAAGAUCAGAGAAGGAAAGCAAUGCUUUCAUUAAAAUAUUAUGGUUUUGGAAACAGACAUUACUUUUCUCUCUCCAGCAUCAAGAAAAAGAUCCAUAUCUCAUCUUGCUUGAAAACCAUUCUACCAGCUGUAAUUAUCUGUUAGUCACUGUUUGGUAGAUAUGGUUAAUUAUUUUUAAUUAAAAGUAAUAUUUUGAUAGAGCUCUCUCUCUGCUGGGCAUUGUAUUAAACUUACCACCAAUUUUCUGUAACGCAGCUUAGGGAGGAGGAAUUUGCACUGCACUGUUCAAUAGCAACAGGUCUUAAGAGUAUUAAGGAUAAAAUUCUCAAGGGUCUUUAUGUCAUGGAUGGAAAUGGAAUCAUUACUGUAUUUUUGAACUGCUAACGUCAUUGACACCCACCUACAGUCCACUAGAAAUAUAAGUACAGAGAUCAGUUCGUUCACAGAUUACAAGCAGACUAACCAAGAAGGGGCAAGCCAGAGCCAAAUUCACUGGUAGUCCGUUCAUCUCUUCAACAUGUGGAAAGUGGUGCUCCUGGGUCUAUAUACAGCACUGGCUGUAAGAGGAUUGACAAAGGGUGCUCCUUUCCAACCAGAAGAAAAAUGGAAACCUCUAGAUAACCCCAGAAACAGAGAUCUGUUUUUCAGAACGCUCCAGGCUUAUUUUUCGGGCAGGGGUCUUGAUCUCAGAAAAUUCCCAGCUACUUUCACUAUGAACAAUGAAGGACCGAGGCCCGUCAUGUUCUACUCAGAUCCUAUUGCUUCUGCAUUUGCAGAUUAUGAAGAAAGGAAAAAUUCUUUUCCAAAUUAUUUCAAAGGCUAAAAGAUGGUGCUGAACCAAGGUGUUAACUUCUGAACUUCACGCCAAGUGGUAACCUCACAGCAACCCCCUACUGCUUUGCCUUUUUACCUGUUACACGACACUUUAUAAACCCCUCUGUGUCACAGAUCUGCCCGUGCAAGCUGCCUUCUCCCUGUAGCUGGCCCUUUGCUCUCCGUUGACAAACGCGUGCUGCUGGGCUGCUCGCAGCCUUCUGUUAAAACGUGAAUAAAGGGGGAGUGCGACGGG